CGUGGAACCUGCGUGAGCUGCAUAUCGCAAGAAAUCCCGCACCACUGCCUUUGUCAUCUGAACACGUACAAGUAAUCGCCACUACAUUUCAUGGUGCCUAUACUGACAGAAAUUCCUCAAUACAAUCCCCCAAUCCGUGUGUAUCACGAACGACUAGUCUCAAUAUGAACCCAGCUCAGCUCCCUCUCGACUCUCAACUUCGCCAUCUUCGCACAACCCUCUCCUCCAAUCCCACCUUGCUCCUCGUCCUCUCUCGCGCCGCGAGGCUAAACGUGCCAAACUGGUACCUUGCCGGCGGUGCCGUUUCCCAGACCAUCUGGAACUCUGUCACUGGCCAGCCCCCAGAGACGGGCAUCUCGGACUACGACCUCGUGUAUUUUGACAAUUCCGACGUGUCCUGGGAGGCCGAGGAUACCGUCAUCCAGGCUGGUAAGAAGCUAUUCGCAGAUGUGCCGGUGGAGGUGGAGAUCCGCAACCAAGCACGAGUGCACUUAUGGUAUAAGUCAAAAUUUGGCUCUCCUUGCCCGGCGCACUCCAGCGUGGAGGCCGGCAUUGAUUCUUGGAUAUCGACAAGCGCCAUGAUUGGACUGAGACUGCUCGAGGAUGGUAAAUGGAGUGUCUAUGCCCCGCGUGGCCUGUCGGACUUUUACAGCUUGGUUGUAAGGCCAAACCCAGUCCUCGGAGGGAAGGAGGUCUAUGACAAAAAGGCAGCUAGAUGGAGGGCAAUUUGGAAGGGGCUGACUGUUGAGCCUUGGCCUGAGACUACAACGACCCCGAAGCUUGAUGUAUCCGAGUCAUGAGUAAUGAGUCUGCAUGCUCCUUCCAAAUUAGUGCCUGAAAAUUACAAGGGGGAAGAAGAUAGCAGGGGAUGCUGAUGUUCAAACAAACCAAGAGCAUAUUGGAUCGGAAACGAAUGUAAUAAUAUCUGCAAUCUGGGCCACUAUCAGAUAUUAUGCCUCUGAGACCGUAAGUAUUCCCUCAGUCACGAGAUGAAAUUAUUUCAACAUCAUAUCUUGAACGCCCGACGACGCAGAGCAUUAGUAAAGAUUCGUGCAAGAAUAUUCCUGGGAGCUACACUUGACAAUUAAUUACAACCUCCCUCUAGAC